CGAUCCGAACAUCAUUACAGUUCUCAAGUGAGCCGCCAGCGGUUUGGAUUUUAAUUACGCAUCCUGUUCCCACUGGAUUUACUUCGUUUUGAAGGAUUUUUUUCUCUGCUCUUGUUUUAGCCACAUCAGCCAGAUGCCGUCAGUAAGCCGGGAAGAAGAGAGAGGUGGACAAUAUUCCUACACGGAAGUCAGUACGUUUCAGAUAAGCGAAGGAAACACUCGAAAUAUGGCACCAGAGCCCGUCAAAUCUGGCCGCAUUUUUCUGGCGGCAGUUGCAGCCAAUUUAUCCGCCUUUGUGGUGGGAACUACCUUGGGAUGGACUUCCCCCAUCGGUCCCAAACUUAAAGCUGAGGAUACCUCAGAUUCCCCACUGAGCAGACCCAUCACCUCUGAUGAAGAUGCCUGGAUUUCGUCUCUGAUCGCCAUCGGAGCCCUAGUAGCUCCUUUUGCAGCCGGUCCUCUGGCUGAUAAAAUCGGAAGAAAGUGGGUGCUGCUGUCCAGUAGUUUGUUCUUUGUCCUCGCCUUUGGUCUGAACAUGGUGGCUUCCGAGGUGUGGAUCCUGUACCUGUCUCGCCUGAUCCAAGGAUUCGGUGUCGGCUUUGUGAUGACAGUGCAACCAAUGUAUGUGGGCGAAAUUUCCACGAACAACGUACGAGGUGCCACAGGAUCGUUGAUGCAGCUCUUUAUUGUGGCUGGUAUCCUUUAUGUUUAUGCCAUUGGACCGUAUGUCUCCUACCAGGCUCUCCAAUGGUGCUGCAUCGUGGUGCCCGUGGUGUUUGAUGUAGUCUUCUACACGAUGCCCGAAAGUCCGUAUUACUUUGCUGGAAAAGGUCGCAAAACCGAGGCACUGCGUUCCUUGCAGUUCCUCCGCGGUCAGAGUGCCGACGGAGUUCACGACGAGAUGACCGAAAUCCAAGCCAGCGUUGAGGAGGCGAUGGCCAAUAAGGGCACCAUGAUGGAUCUGUUCAAGAACGCCGGCAACCGAAGGGCUCUGUUUAUCUGCGCCGGAUUGAUCUCCUUCCAGCAGCUGUCUGGUAUUAACGUGGUCCUGUUCAACAGCCAAUCGAUUUUUGAGAGUGCGAACACAGGACUGGAUCCUGCUAUUGCCACCAUUAUCAUUGGAUGUGUCCAGGUGGCGUCUUCGGGACUCACGCCCCUGGUGGCCGAUCGCCUUGGCAGGAAGGUAAUGCUCCUCUGCUCCUCCAGUGUGAUGAGCAUUGGCCUGGCGGCCCUGGGAUGGUUCUUCUACAAGCAGCUGGUCCAUCACGACAUCUCCAGCGUUGUCUGGAUGCCUGUUCCUGCCUUGAUCCUUUAUAAUAUUGUCUACUGUACCGGAUUCGGGCCACUGCCCUGGGCGGUGCUGGGAGAGAUGUUUCCGGCCAACAUCAAGUCUGCCGCUUCCUCCCUUGUGGCCAGCAUCUGCUGGACCCUGGGCUUCCUGGUAACCUAUUUGUACCCCAGCUUGGAUGCCCUCGGCUCCUACUAUGCUUUCUGGCUAUUCGCCGGGUGUAUGAUUGUGGCCUUCUUCUUUGUCCUGUUUGUUGUGAUGGAGACGAAGGGUCUUAGCCUGCAGGAGAUCCAGGAUCGACUCAACGGCAAACGCGACUAGCAAGGUGCAGUCCUGCAGAUGUUAUCUUCUGCUUAUGUUUAAGGUCCUAUAUGCAAGUAUUUUAUUGAUUAGUGUCUUAAGCCAAAACUCAAUUGUUACAUGCUUUGUAUGUUUAAUUAAACCAAACUAUAGUCAUAAAUAAAUGUUAAUAUAAAUA